AUGGCUUUCCGUAACCCCUGCCUGAAGCUCCUGGUCUUGCUCUCUGCCCUCGUCCUCUGCGCUCUCUCAGGGAGCUCGAGCCAGAGCAAACUGCACAAACUACUGACGAAAAGGGAAGCUGUGGCAGGGACUAAGCCAGUGUCAGAGGUGAGCCUCCAGAGGGCCAAGGCGGAGGAAUUCCUGUCGUCCCAGCGCAGGCUGAAGAGAAAUGUGUGGGACCGCAGCCGCCCUGACGUCCAGCAGUGGAUCAUUCAGUUCAUGUAUAUGGGAUAUGACGAGGCUAGGCUGGAGGCUGAUCUUUCCUAUUGGAUGGACCAUUCUAGAACGAACGACCAAGGCCGGCAACAUCAUUACGACGAGAACGCUCCCAUUGGCCCUCAAGACCCCAGCUCCUAUCGCCAUGGCGCCAACGUCAAUUACGACUACUAUUAG